UUCAAAGUCAACGUAAAAGUAAAAAGUCAAGUCAUCUGACUGUAACCCCUACAUUACAUCUCACACUUCAAUAGGAGCUUUUCGCCAGCCAUUGCAACCAGCUGAUCGAGCUCAGUUAUCUCAUCACAGCUUAAAGACCAAGGGAGUAAGAGAGCAACAGAGAUGUUAGGAUUACCAAAAAUCCGUUUUAUUAUUCUUCUACUAAUCGUCCAUGGAAACCAAGCAGAUUCAGAUGCCUCGAAUCACCGGUACAGAAAUGGAGAUUUAGUCCCCUUCUAUGUAAACAAAGUUGGCCCAUUCCAUAAUCCUCGGGAAACAUAUGCUUAUUAUGAUCUUCCCUUUUGUUCACCAGAUACCGUAUUCGAGCAGAAGCUUAGUCUAGGUGAGAUGCUGAAUGGUGAUCGUCUUAUUUCAGCUCCUUAUGAAGUCAAAUUUCUUGAGGACAAAGAUUUUGAUAUAUUAUGCAAUAAGACAUUAAGCAAAGCAGAUGUUUCUCAGUUCAGGAAUGUGAUUGAAAAGGAUUACUAUAUGCAACUGUAUUAUGACGACUUGCCUCUUUGGAGUUUCAUUGGAAUUUCGAGAAGGGAUUAUACCGACGAAAGGACUGGGAACAUGUACUUCUUGUACAAGCAUUUCGAUUUUGAAGUUCGUUACAAUAAGGAUCGUGUUAUAGAGGUCAAUUUACGAACCAGUCCUAAUUUAUUGGCAAACGUUACAGAGGACAAGGAAGUUGUUGUGGACUUUACAUACUCUGUUAAGUGGUUGGUAACACAACAAUCUUUUGAGAAAAGAAUGUUGAAAUACACGGGUUUUGCCUUUUUACCACAUCACAUGUCUAUACAUCAUGCCACGAUUACAAACUCAUCUAUCACACUCCUCAUUCUGAUCAUCUGUGUACUGACAUUUUACGUGAUAGUCCUUCGCAAAGACAUUUCCAAGUACACCAGCGACGUGGAAGAGAAUCAAGUGACAGACAAUCAAGAAGAAACGGGAUGGAAGAACAUCCAUGGUGAUGUGUUUAGAUUUCCCAAACACAAGUCCUUAUUUGCGGCGGCUCUUGGUUCUGGCAGCCAGUUACUUGUACUUAUUGUAGCGAUUCUUGCUCUGGGUCUCCAAGGUUUUUUUCUUCCGUAUGUUCGAGGAGUAUUCUGGAAUUCACUUGUCAUUGUAUAUGCAGUUACUAAUGUGGUAUCAGGAUAUACAUCUGUUUCUUUCUAUUCUCAACUCGAAGGAACCACCUGGAUGAAUAACCUGUUGGUGACAGGAGGCUUAUAUUUGGGGCCUCUGUUUCUUAUGUUUUGUUUCCUAAAUAGUGUUGCCGUUUCUUAUGGAACCACUGUGGCACUACCAUUGGAAGGGAUAGUCAUAUUAUCUCUUAUAUUGGUGUUUAUAGCAUCACCGUUGCUUCUCUUUGGAGGGUUUGUUGGGAAACAUACGACGUCUGACUUCCAAGCUCCUUGCAGAACAAACAAAUGUCCUAGAGAGAUUCCUCGGCAGCGUUGGUACAGGAGUCUUGUCCCUCAGAUGGUCUUGGCAGGAAUUCUGCCAUUCAGUGUCAUCUAUGUGCAGCUUUACUACAUAUUUGCAAGUGUUUGGGGCCACCGCAUCUACACACUUUACGGCGUUCUGUUAGUAGUCUUUGUUCUCCUUUUGAUCAUAACUGCAUUAAUGUCAGUAGUGCUGACAUACUUUCAGCUUGCUGUUGAAGAUCAUGAAUGGUGGUGGAGGUCCUUCUUUUGUGGUGGAUCUACAGGAUUGUUUAUGUAUGGUUAUUGCAUCUAUUUUCAUUUCUUCAGAUCAGACAUGAAUGGUUUCAUGCAAAUAUCAUUUUUCUUUGGCUACAUGGCUUGUGUCUGCUAUGGAAUCUUUCUCGUACUUGGAACUGUGGGUUUUCGUGCAUCAUUGCUCUUUGUUCGUUACCUGUAUGCAGCUAUAAAAUGCGACUAGCAGGAGUAGCAGGUUAGUCACCAUAUCAUCAGAAACGUCCUUUAUUACCUGUUCAAAUGAACCCAUUAUACGCGGGCACCAUUGUUACGUCAGAGUCAACUGAUGAUAACUCAAAAGUGGCCUAGGUUGUCAUAAGCGAUAUAUCAAAGACAGAAAGCUCAUAACGAUGUAAUUUACUUAAUGAACAAAUACAAUAUAUUGCUGCACUUUUCCAUUUUGUUGUUUUACAGAUUUGUAAGUAUGCAUAGUUUACAAACAUGUAACUACAAAUUUUUGUGGAGUUAAAAUUAUUUGCUAACCAAAAA